UCGUAAUCUUACAUUAUACAAUGUUUCACACACUAUUAAGGUUAGAAAUAAAUAGAUAAAUGUAAGAGGCAAGUUGUGAGUGUAUGAGAAGCUUGGUGUGUACGAGACGACCACAACACUGUCAACAUGGUAGACUACAGCAAGUGGAAGGACAUCGAGAUUUCAGAUGAUGAGGAUGAUACUCAUCCCAACAUUGACACUCCGUCUCUCUUUCGAUGGCGUCACCAAGCCCGGCUGGAGCGUAUGGCAGAAAAAGAGAAAGAACUUGAGCGUGUUAAAAAGGAAAGAGAGGUAUAUGAAAAGCAGGUGGAGAGUCUAAAAGAAAAGCUGAAGUCACCGGCAGUGGCUGAGAGCACAGAUAUGACUAAAAUAAAACAGGCGCUGUCUGAGCUGGAGAAGAAAGGGGAGCAGUUAGUCAAUAAACAGAAUGAAAUUGAGAAAAAAGAAAAGCUGGAACCUUGGAAUGUGGACACAAUCAGCUCUGAUGGUUUUAGCAAAACUGUUAUUAACAAACUUAGUAACAGGAAUACUGAUAACCUGAGUGAGGAAGAGAGGGAGAAGCGCAUGAAAGAGUUUGUUAAGAAGAAUGAAGCCAAUAUUAAAAAAUAUGGGAUGUUUAGGAACUUUGACGACUCUCGCCGGUUCCUUAUGGAACACACAGAGCUAGCGUGCGAGGAUACUGCCAACUACCUGGUGGUGUGGUGCAUCAACCUGGAGAUGGAGGAGAAGCAUGAGCUUAUGUCACAUGUGGCUCACCAAACCAUCUGCAUGCAGUUCAUUCUGGAGCUGGCCAAACAAUUGGAAAGGGAUCCACGGUCCUGCAUAUCUGCAUUCUUCCAUAGAAUACAGCAAGCUGAACAAGAAUACAAAAAAGCCUUCACCGAUGAACUGGACGGCUUCAAAGAUCGUGUGAGUAAGCGUGCUGCACAGAAGGUGGAGGAGCUGCUAAAGGAAGCAGAAGAGGAAGAACGGCAAGCUAGACUUGGUCCGGGUGGGCUUGAUCCCCUGGAGGUUUUGGAGACCUUGCCUGAGGAGCUGCAGAAAUGUUUUGAAAGUCAAAAUGUAGAGUUGCUGCAAAAGACAAUAGAAAAGAUGGAUCCGGAGGAAGCAACUUAUCACAUGAAGCGCUGCGUUGAUUCGGGGCUUUGGGUGCCUGAUGCAAAGGCUGCCAAGAGCGAGUAGCAAGUUGUUGGAAUAUUUGUCUUCUUAAUGUCAUGCAUUCAUACAGGUGAUACUUGCCUUGAUGCACUUGACAGUGCUAAUCCAAGUGAUAACUUAAAAAGCAGGGGAUGUGCUGUGUAUUUGUAACCAUAAGAAAUGUAGAGAUUCAAAAUGUACAUCCAAAAUUUGAAGGCUGAAAGUAAUGUCGAAUUACUUUCUUGAGUAAAUUAAGAAGUCUUUCAUAAUGUUUCAUUUUCAUGGUUCAUCAUCGUAUUAUUACUUUUAUUAUUAUUAAUGCAGAAUAUAUUACAAAAUGUUUAUAAUUAAGUGUAUUGUGUUCAAUUCUCUCUGUAAAAUAUGAAAGGUACACAUAUUGGAAUACAGUAUGUUUUGUUCAGUUUCUGAUGAAUAGCUUCCACUGACACAAAUGUUGAUUUUGACAGAGUUGAAUUUAAAUGUUUAUUCUUGUGGAUAUGUAGAGCAGUGCUCGUGUGGUUCAUCCUGUAGACAUAUUGGGCUCUUUGGCGGUAACAGUAUUGGACAAUCAUUUCAGUCCGUAUUUCAAUAUGUAGAAGUUGGACUAGGCUAUAACUGAGCCAUAUAUUAGGCCACAAUAUACAUGUCACAUUCUGAGCAACAUGUGAACAUAAUAGAGGAAGCAAACCAUACAAGCACUGCCCUAAUAUGUUCCUGCUCCUUAUAAAUGUGUUGCACAGUUUUAAUUACCUUCCCAUAAUUAUAUUGUCUAUAUACAUAUAUAUAUAAAUAAAUAAUGAAUAAC